AUGAAAGAUUUACAAAAGCCACAACCUUUAUUUUGUGAUCAAAUACCUGCUUAUAUGCAUGAAUAUAUAAAGGAAGUGAUUAAUGUAGAAGCAGAUGGAAAUUGCGGGUACAGAGCAGUAGCUGCAUCUUUAGAAAAGAAUAAAAAUGAGUGGCCAAAUAACAGAAAGGAAUUACUUAAAGAAUUAAUUGAAAAAGAGCAAUUUUACUGGAUGUUGUUUAUAGCUAAUGAUGAUUAUGAUAUGAUUAUAAAAGAGAUCUCUUGGGAGAAUGGCCCUUGUAUAUUCGAAUAUUGGAUGAAAAUGCCACAAAUAGGUGAUGUUAUUGCAAACACCUAUCAAAGACCCUUAUACUUUUUCUAA